AUGGCUGAUAGUGACUUGAAUAAAAUAUCUAGACAAUGCCCCCACUGUUCAUCUACCCUGCAGAAUAAUGGACUUAGAUUAUGUUCUUGCGCAUCAAACUAUUCUCCAGUUUUGGUGGUAGAAAUGUCACAGACAUCAAGCAUUGCCAGUUCAGAAAUCGUAGUUUCAGCAGAGAGAAAAAAAGAAAAAAGUAUCAGCAGAGAACCUUCUGGGAAAGAUUUGACCUCCAGAACCUCAAAUGUAGAAAGAAAACCAUGUCAACAACAGUGGAGUCGGUGCAACAUUUCAGAAGGAAAAGUUCCUCACAUAAGGAUGGAGGAUGGAUCUUCUAUUGAGGAUUUCUAUACCUUUGGAAGAAUAUUGGGACAAGGGAGCUUUGGACUGGUUGUUGAAGCUACAGACAAGGAAACAGAAACUAAGUGGGCAAUUAAAACAGUGAAUAAAGAAAAGGCUGGAAGCUCUGCUGUGAAGUUACUUGAACGGGAGGUGAAUAUCCUAAAAAGCGUAAAUCAUAAACACAUCAUACAUUUGGAACAAGUAUUUGAGACACCUAAGAAAAUGUACCUUGUGAUGGAGCUUUGUGAGGAUGGAGAACUCAAAGCAGUUCUGGAUAGGAAAGGGCAUUUCUCAGAGAAUGAGACAAGGUGGAUCAUUCAAAGUCUUGCAUCAGCUAUAGCAUACCUUCAUACUAAGGAUAUAGUACAUAGAGAUCUAAAACUGGAAAACAUAUUGGUAAAAAGCAGCUUUGUUGAUGCUAACAAUGAAAUGAACUUAAAUAUAAAGGUGACUGAUUUUGGCUUGGCAGUAAAGAAACAUGGUAGGGCUGAAGCCAUGAUGCAGGCCACAUGUGGAACUCCUAUCUAUAUGGCACCUGAAGUUAUCAAUGCCCACGACUAUAGCCAGCAGUGUGACAUUUGGGGCAUAGGUGUCAUAAUGUAUUAUUUGUUAUGUGGAGAAGCACCCUUCUUGGCAAACUCAGAAGAAACCCUUUUUGAGUUAAUAAAAAAGGGAGAACUACAUUUUGAAAAUCCAAUCUGGAAUUCCAUCAGUGAUUGUGCCAAAAGUGUUUUGAAACAACUUCUGAAAGUAGAUCCAGCUCACAGAAUUACCGCUAAGGAACUACUAGAUAACCAGUGGUUAACAGGAAAUACACAUUCUUCAAUGAGGCCUACCAAUGUAUUAGAAAUGAUGAAAGAAUGGAAAAAUAACCCAGAAACCGAUGAAGAUGAUGAGACAGCUGAGAAGAAUAACUCAUCUCUUCAAGAAAAGCUGGAAAGUUCCCAGCUCAGGGAAAAUAUCCAGGAUGUCAAUAAUACUUCAGAUGUAAAGAAUCAAAAACAGGAAACAACCUAUUCCAAGAAAUUACCUGGAACCAGUAAGAGGGCAGAUACAGAAGACUUUGACACGUGCUGUUCUCUUUCCACCUCUAGCAAACUCCUUCCAGCUGAUCUCAAGGGAGAACUAGAGAAAACCCCUGUGUCUCCAACCAAAUCCACUGCUAAAUCCACUGCCCUGCUUCGAUCCAAAAAGAAACUCUAA